GAGGCCGUGGGAUUCCUGCCGAGAGGUCCCCGUCAUCAAAGAUGAACGGACGCCAUGGAAAAUGCUCAAACUACUGAAGAUCAUCUCUCUCUGUGUGGUAGCUGUGUCUGUGUUUGGGUUUGCCCUGUGUAGCAAGGCGUCUUUUCUCCUCCUCAUCACUUUGUCCAACGAGGGCACAAAGACACUCCCGGCGGAGCAGAAGCCUGUCGCCCUGCUGUGCAUCGGCUGCGCUAUCAUCGCUUCCAGUCUGUUUCUCUUUGUGAAGAGCCUCUGGAAGGCGUGUCACAAAUCCUCAAAGAUGCCGGACAAAAGAACUGUAGCUGUGAAAACGAACCGCUUCCUGCUGCCUUCUAUCACCGCCUUCCUCUUCAUUUUGCUCGGUUACGUCCUGUUCCUCAUCCUGUACCUCACAAAGGAUCCUACUGAUACCAAGACGACCAUUUGGGUGGGUCUGGCUGUUGGUGGGUCCUUCUUGGUGUCCUUCAACUGGUGGGAGAGCUACUUCAGACAGAUCAGCGAGAAUAGCAGCUCCGUCUUCCUCAAACUGCUGUGCAGAGACGUGAAAACGUGCCAGAACAUGCUGCACAUCCUCUCCAGCCUGCUCAGGAUCGCGGUGACCGCCGGUGUGCUCGGAGCCUACGUCCCUCUGGCCAAAAUGGACUGGGACAUCGUGACCUCCAUCCCGAGCCGUGAGACAAAAAUGAUCGCCAUCAUCAUCGGGGUCCAGCUGAUCUCCUCCGCACUCUGCCACUGGUUUUCUCUGGUGGCCUGCAAGAUGCACGCCCUGCGACGAUGCUUCAUCCUGCCUUUGUACCUGGCCUCUCUGGCCGUCAUGGUUCUCUUCAUUGUCCCUGUUAUCGUUUACUAUGAAGAUCUGUAUCGCAUCCAGAGGACUCAGGACCUGUUCAUUAGGAGGCCGUAUGAGGGAGGAUUUUUAGAGCAGUCACUACUUCUGAACGCUCGAUUUGACAUCCAGACGACUGAAAAGCGAAUGAAACUGGACAGGUACAGACCGAAGAAGGAAGGAGAAACUAGCGAUGUUAUCUUCGAAGGCCAUAUCUACUUCGACGACGCCUUUAGAGAUGUUCCCGGUAGUAAGGGGCGCCACGUCAACGAAUAUGCCGAGAUGCUUCUGGAUAUUCUCAGAGAAGUUUACAGUAUCUUCUUAAACAUCGAUGGAGACGUCUUCAAAAAGCAGCAGCAGGUCCCUGAUCUGAAAAUCGUCACGACGCCGUACGGAGGGCGUCUGGUGGUCACCAUGCCACACGGAAACAGUUUAAUGGUUCACUACAAGGACAAGACACUCAUCCGCCACAAGAAGAGAUGGUCCCAGGUCAUGUACUUGUACUAUCUCCUGGGCUGGAAAGUAGCAACCAAGUAUUUCAAAAAGUGGGAGAAAGGAGAGGUGGAGGUUCAGCUGAAACACGAUUUUGAGGUAAGACGAAAAAAACACAUAGAGAAGCACAACACCUACAUCCUGGCUUUAGAUGGGGACACAGACUUCCAGCCGGCCGCUGUGAUGCUGCUCAUCGAUCGUCUGAAACUGUAUCCGCUCGUCGGGGCAGCGUGUGGCCGGAUUCACCCAACCGGAUCAGGUCCUACCGCUUUCUAUAACUUAAAUAAUCAACUUAUCGGGCACUGGCUUCACAAGACAGCAGAGCAUGUGUUCGGCUGCGUGCUGUGCAGCCCCGGUCGUUUCAGUCUGUUCAGAGCAGCGGCACUGAUGGACGACAACGUGAUGAAGAGAUACACCAUAAAGGCCUCGAAGGCGCGACACCACAUCCAGUACGACCAAGGAGAGGACCGCUGGUUGUGUACUCUGCUGUUGAAGCAGGGUUGGAGAGUGGAGUACAACGCGGCCUCUGAUGCCUACACCAACGCCCCGGAGGACUUUAAAGAGUUUUACAACCAGCGUCGCCGAUGGGGACCGUCCACCAUGGCCAACGUAGUGGACUUGGUGGACUCUGCCACCCUGAUCUCCCAGAGGAACCCGUCCAUUUCCAAAGUCUACAUGCUCUACCAGCUCUUCAACUUGGCUGCGUCCAUACUGGCACCUUCCACCGUCAUCCUUAUGAUAGCAGGUAGUUUGACUGUGAUGUUCAAUAUCGACCCGGGCGUUGCUCUGGUCCUGGCUGUGAUACCUCCUGCUAUCUUCCUCGGCAUCAGCUUCAAGAUCAAGUCAGACACUCAGAUCUUUAUUUCCGCGAUCUUGAGCAUCCUGUACGCCUUCGUCAUGAUGAUGUCAGUGAUUGCCAUAAUAGGCAACAUGGUGAAGGACCAAACCAUCCUGAAUCCAAGCAGCCUCUUCAUCAUCGCCCUUGCCUGCUUUUACGUCAUCACUGCAAUCCUGCAUCCUCAGGAGAUUUGCCUGGUGUGCUAUGGCUUCCUUUACAUCAUCUGCAUCCCCAGUGCCUACCUGCUGUUGUCGAUUUACUCCAUGGUCAACAUGAACAACGUGUCCUGGGGCAGCAGGACACGCCUGCUGCCGGAGCUGCACAAUCGAAAGCCGCAGCCCCACAAACCAAAGCCCAGAAAGCCAAAAGCACCAUCACACAGUUGUUCUCGGGGGGCAAAUGCUGUAGAAAACUCUGUCCGACUGGAGAAGAGCUCAGCCAGGACUUCCAGACCGUGGAGACAGCAGAGCCUGACCCUCAAACCCAAAACAGUAUUGUGGAGGAUGCGAGGCAGCCUGAGGAGGAGCAGAGCUUGGAUCACACAACUGCAGAGUUUGUCUGAUGACAUGCGUCUGAGGGAGGACACACUCGACGAGGAUGAGGGGCAGUUCUUCAGAGAUCUUACGACCAAAUACCUGGAGCCUCUUCCAGAGAACAAACAGAAACAGAAAGAAAUGACCGAUGAACUCAGGGAGUUGAGAAACAAGAUGUGCUUCAUCUACUUCAUUUGCAACGCCUUCUGGCUCGUAGUGACCUUCACUCUCCAGAUCUUAGAUUCGUCCAUCUUCAUCAGGUUCCCAAAAAUUCACGGAGACUACAUCUACAUCGACCCUGUGGGCUUCAUGUUCAUCCUGUCGUUCGCCUUGCUGGUUUUAAUCCAGUUCAUAGGCAUGCUGGGCCACAGAAUAUACACCCUGAUCCAUUAUGUGGCCUUCAUGGAUACGGAGCCCAUGUCUGACCAUCAGAAACAGCAACAGCCACUUAAACAGAUCACAGACAAAGACAGCGACGACCUCGAGGACUUCAUGUUUCCAAGUGUCCUCAGCAGAAAUCCCGACGGUGGAACUCUGGUGUGA